AUGGGCCUCUCGCGUAGAUCGGCACAAUCUAACCAGCAAAAAGUCAUCAAUGCACACCUCAAGUUUACAUAUAUUCAGGCUUACUCAUCGCCUUGUCGCUCGAGACGCCGUCUAGUCGGACUAGUGGUACAGAAUCGAGUUCGUACCGAGUUCGCCUUGACUCUGCAUUGUCCACCUCCGGCCUCGCUGCUGCCAGAAGAGGACCAGACCACAGGAAAAGGAGGCAGACUGAUCCAAUAUACAUUUUGUCUUUUAAGCCUGGAACAAUUAGACCUUGUCGACCGUCCUACGAUACUAGGGGGCCUGUAUAAAAAUGUCCUCUACAGCACGGUAACACAAUCUUUAUCAUUGUCGAGCUUUUUAGCCAUUUUUUCGCUACCCACAAUUGCCUUAUUGAUCAGCAUGUCCUGUAUGCUGUCGGUUGGUGAGAUGUUUUUGAGUCCAAAAGCCAUUUUAUCAGCUAUUUAUUGUGCCCCCCACCUCAAUGACUUGACCAAUUUCGUCGUCACGCCGACUGGAGUUGAUUGCCGACUUUCAAUCAUCAUACACAAAAGUUUUCUGGCCUACCUACGAUGUCGGUACAACAAAACAGGUCAAUUCUUAAGCAUUAUACCUUUCAUCUGUGCAUCUAUUCGUCUAUCCAAACAUCCAUUUUUACUUAUUAUAUUGUUUUUUUCCUUUGCCUAUCUAUCUCCCGGCCAUAUCCAUACAUUUGUUCUGUCUUUGCUGAUGCUUUUCAUGCAAGUCCAAUCUGUAUUUUGA